AUGAUUCAGUCCCUGAUCAACAGCAGACUGGAGGUCUUCCUAGCGAUCGAGAACAUUCUGGUCAUGGUGACGGCGUUAGUUGGUAACGCCCUCAUGUGUAUCUCAGUGGUACGACUCUUGAGAAAGCAGCUGCCCAGCAACCUGUUCAUUCUCAGUUUGGUAGUGAGUGAUCUAGGACUGUGUAUAUUCCAGUUACCUGUGGUGAUAUCCUCCCUUCUCAAUCAGCGAGAUUACGUACUCAGCAACGACUCCAACUCCUCUGUGGGCAGGAUACUCUGCAACAUUUCUGGAGUCAUUUACUUCUGCAUGUCCUUUUUUGCGGUUUGCUUCAUAGCAAUAGACAGAUUCGGAGCUCUGCGGUUUCCUCUUCGCUACAAAACUCUGAUCACGUAUAAACGAUCUGUUGUUUCGUCGGUGACAGCGUGGGUGCUUUGCUUGCUGAUCGCAGUGAUCCCCUACUUCUACUGGACUACCUACGUCUACAGCCCCGUGUUCAUCUACUGCAUGUGGGACAUCAUGAACCACCCCGUCCUCAUGAAAUACGUAGACUUCCUGUUCGUGCCCACCUUCGUGAUCUCCAACGCUAUUCUAGCCUUCACCUCCGUCGCUAACAUAGUGAAGCUGCACACUCUAGCACAGAGGGGUCGAGCACAGAAACUUGGCAACACUAGCUCCCUCGUAAAGGCCUCUAGAACAGCUCUCAUGGUCGUUCUGGCGUUCACUAUAUGCUACGUUCCCCGCUACGCUCUAGUCUUCUUCAAGGUGGACAAGAACACUCCCAUCACCCGGUUCUGGUUCUACUACAGAUCGAUCUCUGAGAUGUUGAUCUACCUGAACAGUGCUGUCAAUCCCCUUAUCUACAUCUUCAGAUCUCGACAGUUUAUCCAGGAAAUCUCACUGAUUUGUGGGACUGUUCAGGUACAUUUAGUUGAGAACUCGGCCACAAAUGGCAGGUACCAGAGUAUGCCCCUUGCUAACCUUGCUUCAAAGACUACUGAUAUGCUUUCUUUACCCAGGCAGGUGUAUGAUAGGUCCAGAAGUACAGCCAGUCCCCUGUCAUCACAUAAACACAACAAGGUAGCGGAGGAGCAGGAAAUGUAG